AUGAGGCAACGCGCCAGCGCCAUGCAACGCCCAGACCUUCCCGGAGUGGCACUCGAAGCGUUUCAGGCCGUUCGAGAAAAGAGUCUCGAAGGCAGCUGUACACUGCUUCUAGGGCAGUUGCAGCAAGAUGUCGUCUCGUUGCUGAACCUGGGCGACUGCGGGAUAAUGGCAUUAAGGCCUUGUUCCAUUCUGCCCAGAUUUCACGGCGGCACGGUGACAACGAGCAUGCGCCUCUUAUACAGGUCCAGCCCAAUGUUGCAUCGCGCAAAUAUGCCGCUGCAGCUCAGCUCGCAGGACCCUGACAUCUCCAGCCUCACUGAGCACUUCGACUUGGUAACGCUGAAGUUGAGAAGAGGAGAUGUCUUGAUUGCUGGGACUGACGGCCUCUUCGACAACAUUGGGGACUUGGAGAUCAAGUCUUUGGCGUUGGCGCACCACGAACGGCGCACAGCGGGCGGCGUCAACUCGACGCAAGAGCUGGCAACUGUGCUCCUUGAGCGUGCAGCAGAAGUUGCCCGCGCGCCUAUGGAGUUCGGCCCUGGCGGCAAGCUGGACGAUAUAGCUGUGGUACUAGCUGAGGUGCAAGAUGCUUCUCCGGUCUCCCCGGCUGGGUUGCUGUCAAAUCUGGUCGACGCCUGA